AUGAUUCAUAAAACCGUUUUAGAUUCAAAGAUAUACGUCAUUGUUUUCGGCAUCUUAUUGGUCUUGAUACAAACAAUUCUUAGUCAACCAAUGCUCACGCAAAGUCUUUCGGACAAUAACAAUCUUAAGCGUAUGAGCAGCGCGUGGGGUAAACGCAUGUCAUCAGCGUGGGGAAAACAUCUCUAUCAACAAGCACGUUUCAACAAAUACGGUUAUCCUCGAUAUCCAAUUGACAAUGAAAUUAUUGAACAAUACUUAGCACAACGUACAUCGAACAAUGAUGGCGCCGCUCAAGAGAAUAUGUCUUGA